CAAGAGUUCUGCCGUGGGUAAACACUGCAGCAAAGGGGAAUUCCAAGUGUGGCGUGGUUAAACACCAUAGAGAUAACCAGCCUUUGAAAUACCAACGAAUUGUACUGGGUUUUCCCGGAUUUCGCACACUAUGGAAAAGAGUCUGAAUGGCAGCCAAUAUAAAUGAAUGUCUCUUGUCCUGUUCAAGUCAGCGAAAGGAAAUCACCCCCGCAAAACGUACGGCAAUCGCCUAUACUAAGAUAAGUGAUCAUGAAAGCUGCUCUGUGGCUUACGUUCCUGGGCCUUACAACAGUAGCCUAUGCUGCUACAGUUGUUCGAGCUGGUGAAUUCAAGGUGUCACCGCCGGCUGAAGGAAACAAUGUAGACGUCGCUGUGAAGGCGGGCAAGAAACUCGAAGCUCUCGGACGCGUGAUGCAAGGCAAAUUGUCUGAAAGCAGCGCCGAAGCACAGCGGGAAGUGGCCGAAGCACUUGAAGCUCUCGCUGCUGGGGAAGCGGCACUAGACAAGGAGUCCUCCGAGCACUGGGUGGGAGUAGUGGUGCGUGGAGUUGUCGGGGGCGCUGUUGCCCACGGCAUCGACAGGUGGAAGCGCAGGAAGGGUUAAUAAAUUGUUUCUUCAAACGUUGA